UUGGUAGAGACUUAUUUCGCCCUUAGUUGGCCCCUGGAAGUUCUAGCUUCAACGCAGACAAAGACCUCUUCACCUACCGUCACUGUGAAAAAUGGCACAUAUGCUGGAGUUUACAAUAAGCAAUAUGAUCAAGACUACUUUCUUGGAAUUCCCUUUGCUCAACCUCCUGAACGGUUCUCGGUAGCUCAAGGGCUCAAUUCUUCGUGGGAUGGGGUGAAAAAAGCCACAGAGUUAUCAAUUCACUGCCACGGAUAUGGAACCGACCAAGACGGAUAUAAGCAAUCCGAAGACUGCCUUUAUCUCAAUGUCAUUCGACCUGCCAACCUGCCAACCACAGCGAAUAUCCCUGUGGCCGUUUGGAUCCAUGGAGGAGGUCUUCUCCAGGGCGGUGCUUCAGACAUGAGAUACAACUUGUCUUUCAUCGUUGAGCAGAGCGUUGCCCUCGGCAAACCUAUUAUCGGCGUCGGUUUUAACUAUCGUCUUUCCGCAUUGGGAUUCCUCGUUGGUAAAGAGAUUUUUAAAGAGGGUGCUACUAAUAUUGGCUUCCGCGAUCAAAGACUUGCACUCCACUGGAUUCAAGAGAAUAUCAAAGCGUUUGGUGGUGAUCCUGGCAAAGUCACUAUAUUUGGAGAAAGUGCAGGUGCUGAGAGUGUUUGGGCACAAGUCUUUGCAUACAAUGGUCGUGAUGAUGGCCUGUUCAGAGGAGCAAUCGGCCAGUCUGGUUUCGGUGGUCCCAUUUUUCGGUAUCGUGGUGGCUACAACGCAACCGAUGCGAUGCAAGAUACAUACGAUAAAUUCGUUGGCAUGAUCCCAUCAUGCUCCGAUUUGGUAGGAUCGGAUAAAUCUCUACCUUGCCUGAAAAAAGCGCCCUUUAACGAAAUCAACAGCGCCAUAUGGGCCAUAAAAACUGGUCUUGAAUGGGCUCCAGUCCUGGACGGAGACUUCAUUGCAGAUUACGCUACUAAUCAAUUGGAAAAUGGGAACUUUCCCAAAGUGCCACUUCUCAUAGGUUCCAACACGGACGAAGGGACGUCUUUUGGUAGAAACAGAACAUCUGAUCGCCAAAACAUCAAUACCGAUGAAGACAUGAGGAACGCUAUAGGAACUAUAAUCCCACCUCAAGCAGAAGACAUCACAGGAGAGACUGUUGAAGAACUUACUGACGAGUUGAUGGAGUUGUAUCCUAACGAUCAAAGGGUCGGAAUACCAUCUUUGGAGUCUUGGCCAUAUAUCAUCAAACCGAACGAUUCUUACGCUGAGGUGCAUGGAGCUCAAUAUCGUCGAUCGUGUGCCCUAUUCGGAGACUUGCUCAUGCAAUAUCUACGAAGGCGCGCAAACAAGUCCUGGGCUAAGAAUGGGAUUCCCACUUAUGCAUACCGCUUCAACAUCAAGCCCAAUGGACAACGAGAGUUCGCUGGGGUGACUCAUUUCCAAGAUGUCGCUUUUGUGUUGUACAACAUCAACGGGGACGGAUAUGAUCGCAAACCUUUCGGUGGUGAAGGAUCAUAUCCGAAAAAUGCAAAGGCAAUGGCAAAGACUAUGACUACUGCAUGGAUCAACUUUUUCAAUACUCUCGACCCCAAUGGAGAUACAGGGAAGGGGAUCUUCAAUGGAAAAAAAUGGCCUAUUUAUGACUUGUCUGAUGGUCUUGAUGGAAAGAAUAUCGUUUUCAAUAUCAAUGGCUCUGACAUUGAAGUAGACGAUCGGAGAUCCGAUGGUAUGGAGUGGAUGGCUAAACACGCUUUGGAUGUUUUUGGUAACUAG